AUGGAUAACGCAAACCUCUGGACCCGCAGAUCUAACGCUUCCAAGUUGUCUCUGUCGAUGACAGGGUCGGACGGCGCUAGAGUUGAACUUCCCCGCGCAUCAAAACGGUUUGGCCCAGAUAGCUCCCACGGUGGUCGAUCUAAUCCCUUCAACGCCCUCUCGCCUCUGUCUGGUGGCGUUUCCUCCCCUUCAACAAACGCCUCCUCCGCAUUCGGUCUGGGCUCCGGUGCCUUUGCGUCGUUCGGAGCCCCCAAGACACCCGGUGCUUCCGACGUCAAAACUCCCGGAUUCGAGAAGCGGGAAAAUCCCGUCGACCAGGAACUCGAGAGCGCCAAAGCCAAGGGUGUACUCCCCGCGAUCAAAGAGCAUCCGCUCAAGUCUACAUGGGUGAUCUGGUACCGCCCGCCUACACCUAAGUACUCCGAUUACGAAAAGUCUACCGUCCCGCUCGCCGCAAUAUCCUCGGUCGAGAGCUUCUGGUCGAUCUACUCGCACCUCAAGAGACCGUCGCUCCUUCCCACCGUCUCCGACUACCAUAUCUUUAAGAAGGGUAUCCGUCCCGUUUGGGAGGAUGAUGCCAACAAGAGUGGUGGCAAGUGGGUGGUGCGGUUGAAGAAGGGUGUGGCGGACCGGUAUUGGGAGGAUUUGCUUCUGGCUAUGAUCGGGGACCAGUUUGCGGAGGCGGGCGAUGAGGUCUGCGGAGCUGUUCUGAGUGUGCGCAGCGGGGAGGAUGUGCUGAAUGUUUGGACCCGGAUUGAUGGGGGACGGAACAUCAAGAUUCGGGAAACCAUCAAGCGUCUACUCAACUUCCCCUCCGACACCAAUCUCGUCUGGAAGAGCCACGACAGCAGCAUCGCCCAACGGUCGGCGAUUGACCAGGCGCGCCAGGACAAGGCGGGUAACACGGGUCACCACCACCACCAUCAUCACCAUCAUAACCACAACAACCAACAACAUCAGCAACAGCAGCAGCAGCUGGGGGGCGAUCGACGACGAGCCCCGACGACGGCCACCGAUGAGUUGGAUAACAAAGGCAAGGCGGCGUUUUCUUGA